AUGACAGCAACACACGAAGAGCAAAAGGUUUGUCACCCCAUUGUUAUUGUCAAAGCAAAUGGCAUUACCUGUAGAGCACUAUUGGACACUGGAGCUAUGACAUCGUAUGCGUCUGCAUAUCUUCUACGCCUAAUGAAGAUCAAUCCAUCUAAUACCUUGACACGUUGUAUUCAAACCAUCACAGGAACAAGAACAAAGCAUGUUGAAAUCUACAAUCUUGAAGUUAGCAACACAGAAGGAAACUUUGUUAUCCCAGUGAAUGUAACAAAGGUUGACCGCAGCGAUCUCUUGUCAGUUGUGAAUCCAAAUUACCCAGAGUUGAUUAGUCGGUACCAACACCUACAAGGCGUGAGUAUGGUGGAAACGGAUACCAAAUCAGUCCUUCCAAUGCACCUGAUAUUGGGGGCAGCAGAAUAUUCAAAGAUCAAGACUAGUGAACCACAAAGAACCGGUGAAGUGGGAACCCUGUGGCGGAGUUCACUCAGUUUGGCUGGUCAAUUAUGUCGCCAGGAGUUCAGCCCAAUUUAGACAAUAUAUUUCUUGCUCAAACUGCACAAUCUGAUUAUGAGGAACUUUGUCGCAUGGAUGUUCUGGGUAUUCAAGACACACCAUCUGGAGACCAGAAAGUUGUACAUGAAGAGUUUUUGGAACAGCUUCGGCGUGAUCCUGUACAUGGGUGGUAUGAGACUGUGCUCCCUUGGAAAUGAGGCCAUCCGCCUUUGCCCUCAAAUGAGGAGAACAGUUUGAAACGUUUGGGACCUUGGUGCAGCGAUUGAAGAAUACGGAUAAAUUCGACGAAUACAAUUCAAUUAUUCAAGAUCAACUGGCAGAAGGAGUUGUUGAACCUGCAAAUGAGCAACCAACUGGAACUGUGUUCUAUGCAAUGAGAUUUCACUGGUUGGAAGAUAAAGAUCCCCAGCGUAUUUGCACUUUGAGAUUCACUCGAGCACUGUUCGGCAUGGGACCAUCACCAUUCCUGUUGGCAGGAGUAUUACAAUGUCAUUUAAAUGCGAGUAAAGAGAAGUACCCUAAGCAUGCUGAAGAAAUAGAGAAAGAAUUGUAUGUCGAUGACUUGGUAACCGGAGGGAUUUCAGUGCAAGAAGUGCGUGAGAAAAAGGAAGCCUCAAUCGAAAUAUUUAAAGAAGCAUCAUUCCAUUUACACAAGUGGCAAUCAAAUGUCAAAGAGUUAGAACAAAACCAACAAUCGGACAGUAGUGAUGACACAAGUUUUGCAAAACAACAAUUGGGCAACGAAUCGAAAGCAGGCAACCUCCUUGGUUUGAAAUGGGAUAAAGAAGCAGACACAAUUGAGGUUACUAUUCCCUCUGACGAAGUAGCUCCCACCAAAAGAGGUAUUCUUGAUAAAGUAGCCCGAAUCUAUGAUCACACUUGGCCUCAUAGCUCCCACAGUCCUACAAGGUAAGCUUAUUAUUCACCCUGCUCGGUUUCCUUUGUUCUUAUCGGGGAAUAUAUUCAAUAUUCCCCUCUAAUCAAUUUCCGUUUAAUAGUCCCCUCUAAUAUUCACCUGCAAUGUCUUUGCAGCACAAAAAAUGAGAAAAAACAACAUCACGAAGGCAAUAUGGCAUUAAGAAUUAUUUAUAUUCUGAUUCAUCAACGCGACCUCGUAAUGUGAAAAAUAAGUACGUUAUUUUGAGGCGCCUCGGGGAUAUGUGUUUAUUCACCUCGGCGCUGCGCGCCUCGGUGAAUAAAUCACAUAUCCCCUCGUUGCCUCAAAAUAAUUAACCUAUACUUCUGUACAGAGAAGCUUGCGAGCAAAAGUGUAAGUGGGACUCAGAACUGACUAAACGUUGGGGAAAGUGGGAAAACCACCUCCCUCUUCAAGUCAAGGCUCCAAGAUCUAUACCACUUGCUCAAGAACCCAUUCAGGACAUAACACUUCACACCUUUGGUGAUGCGAGUGGUCAUGGGGUAGGUCAGCGGUGUAUGCUGUGAUCACUCAAGAAUCUCAAGUAAAUCAAAGUCUCGCUCGUUUGUGCGAAAUCAAGACUCGCGAAACAGGUGCUUACAAUCCCCAGGAAAGAAUUGGUCUCGGCGCAUAUGGCGGUGAAUUUACUUGACAUGAACGUGCACAGUGCCUUGUAAGGGUUUCCAGUAACAUCCCUUGUUGGUUGGUUAGAUAGCAGUGUCGCACUACACUGGAUCCGUGGUGAAGGAGAGUACAAAAUUUUCGUAGCUAACCGUGUCAACAAAAUUUGUGGGCAUGAAGGAGUAACAUGGAGACACGUACCUAGCAAAGAAAAUCCCGCUGAUGUCGCGAGCCGUGGUGGGUUAAUCCCCGAGCCGACGGCGAGGGUACUAAUUCCCCCCCGGCUAUUUACACCCGGGGAAACGAAAGCUUUAGCGAAGUCUAAAGUUCACCAAUGAUCGCGGGCAUGGCUCACUGUGCGUGGGUGGUCAUCCUCACUAAUCUCAAAAAUAUGGCGGACUGUCAUGAAUAGCGACUGCAUGACGACGGGGAAAUAGCAAACAUUUCUUCAUUUGAUGAUUGAUAAUUUUUUGCAAAUAUAUUUCAUUUCGCUCGCAUUUUCGCAAGAUUUUGUAAAUUUCAAGAGAGAAAGAAUCGGCUAAAAGAGGGGAGCCGACGCUAACGAAGGUAAGUUUGUUUUAAAUAUUGAUUUUAUUAAAUAAUUGCUUUAAAACCCGACCGCCUUUGCGUAUAUGAAACAACUAAACAAGACAGCAUAUAAUUUCAGUGUAUCUUUUAUAAUAUUGAUUCCCUUUUUUAUUAUAUUGAAUUUUUUAAAUAAAUAAAAAAGAAAGCAAAGUUAUUUGCAUGCGAGAAUUUGAAAUCAUUUUAUUGCAAACUCAAAGUUUAUCAAUAAAGCCAUUUAAUUAAAGGCAGUUUAGUUUUAUAAAGAACACUUUAAAACGUUUUGCGAAGCGUUUGUAGUUGAAUUUUACCUUAAAUUGAAGCUUAAUAUAUUACGUAUUAUAUAAUACUUUAUUGAAUUCUGAUCGUUUAAUUGGCUGUUUAUAGCCACGUGAUAUUGAAUAGAAAAUUCCAUUUCCCAAGAGUGCAAUGGAAUACGUUCCAUUGCACUCUUUGCGAGUGCAAUUGUACUAUACGUUUUAUUCCAUUGCACUCUUUGUGUUUUCGAUAAAUCGCAUCCGUCAAAAUGCUUUUCGUACGGUAAUCGCGUUUAUUUUAACCCGAUAUUCGAAACUCAGUAAAUGGGAUUUAAUGCAGUACGACUCGUCAAAAUGGCGGGAACUUACAGCUAGUAAACCUUUUAAUAUUAGUCUACUUUGGUAUUAUAUAAAACAAAUAAUGAAUGUUUUAUUCGUGCAAUGGUAAGAAUAUUUUCAUUCGGUGAAAGAUGGAAUAUUCCAUUCAACUCGGCUAUCGCCUCGUUGAAUGGAACAUUCCAUCUUUCACCUCAUGAAAAUAUUCUUACCAUUGUACUCAUUAUUUGUAUAAACAUUCAUUAUUUGUAUAUAAUAUCAUAUCUAACAUAUAUAUGUUGGGAAAUUGAUAAUUUUGUAAUUAAAAGUGAUAUUUUUAAACGAUUUUUCAUUUGCAAGAAUAUUCUUAAAAUAAUAUCGUGUUUCCAUGACAACUACUUCAGAUACUUCAUGUUCGGAAAAUACAUUGGUUUUGUCAGCAAGGCGAGGGUUUCUGCAUGCAUGUAUUUUCUAGUUAAAGAGGGAGAUCAGUUGUGGUGGAAGGGUCCUGACUGGCUAAGUAAACCGGACGAAUGGCCACCAGAUCAAAGGACGACUCGCAUUACAGAGUCCGAUGUUGAAGUGAAGCUAACGAAGCAAUUAUUUGCCUUGGCCAAGGAACAAGACGACGAGCUAGGGAACUUGCUGUCUCAGUUUGCUUAUUGGAAGGCCUUGAGGGUUACGGCCUGGUUAUUACGGUUCCUCGCAAACGUUCGGUGUGCGAAAGAAAGAAGAAUCGAAGGCCCACUUACAACUGGUGAUUUAGAGAAAGCUGAAAUUCGUUUGAUCGCGAAAGCUCAACAACAAGUUGACGAAACUUUUACGAGAGAUCAAACUUAG